GUCUUUCCUUCACAGCUGCUAGGUCGGCAUAGUCAAUUUUCUUAUGCUGCUUAUUACGGUCUCUGCUAAUUUACGACACUACUGCGCUGCGAUAGACAUAAUCUGCCCAAAAUGAGUAUUAGCGACGGCUUCUAUGGCCAAUGGGAAGAUCGUAAAAACUGUGGCUGCGGAACAGGUAACUUUGUUGUUAUCCGAGCCGCGUGGAUCAAUGUGCCGAUGAUGGAUCAAACGGCUAAAGCCUGGGCUAACACGGGACGCUGGUUCGUCGGGAUUCUUACACUGGGCAUAUCGGAAGCGGUCACCGGUGGCAAUGGCGACAUCACGCACGAAGCCAUAGAGUGCAAGUACCGCUGCAAGAAAUGCGGCCAUUAUGGUCACUACACAUUUGAUUUUAACGUUACGGGUAAGCGCAAUCGAUGUGGCAUUUAUAAUAAGCAGCAUGCAGAAAUUGAAUCCUGGGACUUGUCCUUAAAGCAAGAACGGACAAUAGAGGAUAUUACGCAAUUGUUUAGGUUCACCUGGCCCAAUGAUAAUGCAAGCACGUACAAUAUGGUUUACUUAUUGGUUUCCUUCGUGUUCAGCAACGAUGAUUACACACUACGGUUACAAGUUCCAAAAACAGUGUGUUUUUGUAUGGUUUACAACAACUGCAAAAAAUUUGCUGGAUACAUGUGGCGAAACAUGUGGAUGAACCUGUGGAAUAACCCGAUGUUUCCAAAGGUGAUUCAAGAAUUUAGAUUUUGAGGACGGAAGUCUCUUUUAGCAGAAUAUGGCGGUAUCGUUCUGGUAAUAUUUUAAUCUGCCUGUAUGUACGUUUAAAAUUAAUACUUCCUAAUGGUUGUCAAAAAAGCAUGCGCUUUUCAGCAUAUGGAAAACUAACAGAUGAUUUCUGUAUGCGUACUAUUUGAUCGAAUGAGACUAAAGGCCUGUAAAGAA